AUGUCAGCAUCAGCUAAUAGAAAACGCAUUUUCAAUAAACAGGAUUAUGAUUGUUUACCUCAUCUUUCGCUUGUACAAAAUAAUGAAGCUUAUUUAAACAAUUUCUUUACAAAUUACUUGUUAGAACUAAAAAAGAGAAUAUACAAGCCAAAUAUUGCUAAAAUAACUGGUGAGCCGAAUAGUUCAAAAGUGGUUCCUAAUUUAUCUAGUACUAUGUAUUCUUCAGCAUUUUCGCAAAAAAUUAACGCCAAUGGACGUGAUUUUACUGAUCAAUGUACAAGAGAACAGAAACCCUUAAUAUUUACCAACUACUCUUGGAUUAAAAAUAAUAUUGAUAUAAAAGAGACAAAAAUUAUAGACAUUACUUUUCAAGAUCCAUUUCGUCAAUAUUAUGAAUCUUUGGAAGAAUGUGAAAAAUAUUUAUGUAGUUGGCAAUCAGUUUGUCUCCAUAUUAACAAACAUAGAAGAGUUAGACCUUAUAAGUGUUCACUGUGUAACAAAUGUUAUGCCAAUAUAAGUGGAUUAAAGCGACAUGCAAUAAAAAAGCAUGAUUCUCAUAGGGAUGUAUAUAAAUGUGCAACUUGCUUUAAACGCUUUUAUUCAACAACUCAUUUUGAAAAUCAUAUUAAAUUUGAAAUAUCUCAAAAUGUGAAACAAUCAAAAAAGGAAUUACCCUUAAAUAGCAUACAAUAUGAGGAACUUAAUACAAAUAUGUCUAUCGAAAAUUUAACUACUUUAGAACAAAUAAUGCAAAAUUAA